AGUAGCCGUAAUCGGCCGGACUGCUUGCCGAGGGGGAUUGUGGGAGAAGAUGGCGGCUCUCGCUAAUUCCCGGUUUGCUCGGGCUCUGCCAAUGUCACGUUCUGUCAUUGCUGCGGCGGCCACGUCUGCAUUUCACGGCCCACCUUACUGCCAGCUCCACCAUGCAGUCCUCCCUCAUGGCAAAGGUGGGCGUUCCUCUGUCAGUGGGGUUGUGGCCACUGUGUUCGGAGCAACAGGAUUCCUGGGCCGAUACGUUGUCAACCACCUUGGACGGAUGGGUUCACAGGUGAUUUUACCCUAUCGAUGCGAUACUUAUGACACCAUGCAUCUUCGGCCCAUGGGUGAUCUAGGCCAGAUUAUCUUUCUGGAAUGGGAUGCAAGAGACAAAGAGUCUAUCCGAAGAGCAGUGCAGCACAGCAAUGUGGUCAUCAACCUUGUUGGACGGGACUGGGAAACCACAAACUUUGAUUUUGAGGAUGUUUUUGUGAAGAUUCCCCAAGCAAUAGCUCAAGCGUCCAAGGAAGCUGGAGUUGAAAAACUAAUUCAUAUUUCUCAUCUGAAUGCUGACAUUAAAAGCUCUUCUAGAUACCUGAGAAAUAAGGCUGUUGGAGAGAAAGAAGUGAGAGAUGCGUUUCCAGAAGCCACGAUCAUAAAGCCAUCGGACAUCUUUGGAAGAGAGGACAGAUUCCUCAAUCAUAUUGCAGGUAUUCGUGCAUUUGUUGGUGUGCCUCUUAUUUCCUUGGGCAUGAAGACAGUGAAGCAACCAGUGUAUGUUGUCGAUGUAGCUAAAGGAAUUAUUAAUGCAAUUAAAGAUCCAGAUGCCAAAGGAAAAACCUUCACCUGUGUUGGGCCUAAUCGGUACCUCCUCUUUGACCUUGUGCAGUACAUCUAUGCCGUAGCUUACAGACCUUUUCUCCCGUACCCCAUCCCACGUUUUGCCUAUCGAUGGGUGGCCAGGCUCUUCGAGAUGAACCCAUUUGAGCCCUGGACAACGAGGGAUAAAGUAGAGCGGAUUCACAUCACAGACAAGCUGCUGCCACACCUGCCUGGCCUGGAAGACCUCGACAUUCAGACAACACCGCUAGAGCUGAAGGCCAUCGAGGUGCUGCGGCGCCACCGCAGUUACCGCUGGCUGUCAGCUGAGCUAGACACUGUGAAGCCCGCCAAGACCGUCAGCUUUUAGUGCCUGUGCAGCCCUUGGUUUUGGUGUCACUGAGUCACCUGGCUCUAGAGGAUCCUGCACACAGUGCUGAGAUCCCUCUAUUAAACACCUGCAGUUCGAUUCGGCA